AUGACGCUCCAGCCACCUUUGCCCAAGAGGCGACCGACUGUUCUAGUAACGGACGCCAGAGACCAACGUAACCGUCCCCAGAUCAUUCGCCGUCCAACAAUACGUCAUGUCACCAUCGACAACAUUCUUCAGCAAUCCAGCGAAAUUCCAUCAGGCCAGUCACGGACCCCUCCACCUCGUCCCCACGAUCCAAAUCUGCCAUUGCCAACCACGCGCAGACCAUCUGGUGUUCCGAGAGCUGUCAAGAAGCAAAAAGUUGUAAACCAAACAAAUUUGCCCCUACGAUCUUCAAAGGUUACAGAAAAGCUAGUGCUCCUCCCCGAUUCGCAGAAGCCAAAGCCGGAUUGGGACUAUGAUGAAGAUAAUUCUCAAGCGCCAUUGCGAGAUGAUGAGGCUCAAGAGCGGAGUCAGUCACGUGGGCCAGAUGGGCAACCUAGAAAGUCGUACGCCGAACGGUUACCUAAGAAUCGGCGUGCCGAGAAGCUGGCACGGGUGACGGCUUACUGUACCGCCUCAUCGUGGAGGCUUAUGGCCGUAUCGAAAUUUAUGAAGGAACAGCAUGCGGCUAGAACUAAGCUUUAUGAUGAGUGUCUGUAUUGUGCCUAUCAUUUACCGCUUUUACCGGGUUCUGGAGGUUAUAGGGUGAAGAGCAGUCCCAUAUUGAAAAAUCCAGGUGGUAAAGCGGUUUUGGACAUGCAAAUUGAGAGGAACGAGCAGAGGGACUAUCAUGAGGAGUACUUCCGAGGACGAUCAGGGAGGAGAAAGAUGUCAGAUGGCCUUGGCCUCGUAGAUCCGGAAAUACAUCUAAGUGACAGUCCGACACAAGAUAACCCAUUGAGUCCUAAAGGUGGAGAUUUCGAAGAGAGGAGGGAUAGCAAUGGGCAUUCGAGGAAUACGUUUUCGCCAGAACCGCCAGAUGCUGCGGAAGCUAGCUCCUUUGCUGAGAUGUAUAUAUACUCCUACGGUGUGGUUGUGUUCUGGAACUUCACAGAGCGACAGGAGAAGGACAUUCUCGCCGACUUGGUUUUUGCCAAAACUCCCCAGAAGAUGUCAUUUGCCAUCCAGCCUCUUCAGGUGGACGAGUAUGAAACCGAGCAAUUCCAUUUCGAAUACUCCCCACGAACUACCCGGCCCCGUAUCUUCAACGACAUGAUUACACUCCGAUCAGGCAAUCACAUGAUCAAACUCGCAAUGUCACAUGCCAUUGCGCAGAGCACGAAACUGAGUAGAUUCGAAGAACGAAUGGCCUUGACAAUGAAAGAAGUCGAGGACGUGCCCAAGAGCUUGGCGUUGAACGGAACUCUAGGUAUGAAGCGUGAAGAUGUGCUUAAGAUGAGUGGGAAACUAUUCAAAUUGCGUGUGGAUGUCAAUCUUUCGAGCAAUACGCUUGAUACGCCAGAGUUCUUUUGGGAUUCGGAACCGGGCCUUCAUCCAUUGUAUGCCGCUGUUCGGGAGUAUCUUGAGAUCAAGCAGCGAGUUUUGAUAUUAAAUGAGCGGUGCCAGGUCUUCCUUGAUCUGGCUAGCAUUUUGGCGGAUUCUAUCGCCGAUAGCAAUAUGUCAAGAAUUACAUGGAUCAUUAUUAUCCUUAUCGUUUUGUCCAUCAUGGUUACCUUGGGUGAAGUGACAUUGAGAUUUAGCAUUUUGAGGCGUGAGCAUCCUUAA